AGAUUAUAUUUAAAUAUCUCACUUCUACCUUAUUAAUUAAAUUAAAUACCUAUAUACAUUGCAAUGAAGUUUUUAUGACUAUUUAAAGACGGGUUUUGUAAAACUCUGCAAAAGUAAAGUUUAGAAUAAUUUAUUCGACGUUUGGUUUCAUACUAAAAGUUUCGAUCAAUAAUUUAAACUUUUACGUCACAAAUGACGUCACGUUUGUUGAUAUGUGCGGUUGAUUUGAGCGCCUCUCAAUGUUAAUAUUUUAAAUACUGAUUAUAGAAUGCAAACAUGAAGAUUUCUACCCCCAGAUAUACAGUUUGCCUUUUUUUUCAACUAACUUUUUUGCUCUGUGACUUAAUAUUUAACUGCGCGAGCCUUUUCCCCAGAAGUCGAGAUGGCCUCCUCGUAUUAUUUAUCUUCCAGGACCUGUUCCUUGUGCUCUCCAUCACGUUGCUGCUGAUGACAUUCUUUUCCACCUAUUUAUUCCAGGCAGGUCUGGUGGAAGUUCUCGCGCGUCGUUUCCGCGCAGCAGGGUGCGCCUGUGCUAUAUACGCUGGUGUGUGUGCAGCACUCCAUGCUGCGUGUCUGUUGCAUGCUUCUUCCACGCCUGGUCCGAGCUCCUCACCAACAUUAAUGCUGCUGUUCACACUGCAGCGGUGUUUAUCUCCAUGGUACUACUUCCUGUACAAGCGGGCGGCGCUGCGCGUGAGCGACCCGCGGCUCUACGAGGACGUGGACUGGCUGCCGCGCCCGCAGGCCAGGGACCCUAACUAACACUAACUCAUCAAAAAUUCAACUGAUUAUUUGUAAACUUAUUGCAACAAUGUAAGGUUUAAUAAUGACCACUUGAAUUUGUUGCUGUGAGUACUAUACUCUGUAUCUUUAAAAAGUAAUUAAAAGUAAAAAAAUCUACCCUCAAAUGGUUCUUUACGGCAGUUGAGGGUAGAUGAAAACAUUACAUGAUCAAAUAUGGGUUAAAGUCAGGUUAUUCAGUCACAGGUCCAGGCGGUUUCGUAUUUGGUUGGUUAACCAACAAAUGUUAUAACUAUUAGAAGUAUUAGAACAAAUUAAAUUAUUUUAUUUAUUUUAUAAGGCACUUGGUCACUUUUUCUGAGUAUAUGACAUUUAUUUCAGUUUAUAAAUGUUAAGACUACCCGAAAAUGUACAAAUUGUUUGUUUACUUUUAUUUAAAUAACUAAAGAUACGAGUAUUUAGUUAUACUGCUGUAGGCCUAGACAAAACUCCUGUCUUAGGUAUGUUCUUUGAUUCGUUAGUCUUAGCACAAUUAAAAUAAAAUGUAUAUUUAAGCUGUGUUUUUAUAUCACAGAUGCUAAAAAUUAGAGAUUUGAUAGACAUAUAACUUCAAUUUAUUGUAUCUGUGUUCUAUUCACGUGUCUCAACACAUUAUAGUCAAAAGCAUAAUUUAUAAUUAGUCAAAGAUCUAUGCACAAAUGAUAAGAAAUAUAUUUGUUAUUGAUCGUCAAAGAAAAGAGUUAUGAAUAGUAUAAUUUUUUUUGACACAAAGGCUCCAUUGGCUUAGUUCCUUUUUCUUAUUUCAUGUGAACUAUUGUAUAACUUUCUUCACAUAUUAACGUCAUAGGGCCGAUGGGACAAAUGCACCUUUCCAAAAUAUUUAUAGUGAAGGAAUUGAUGUCAUAUCUUGAUAAUAAUUAAUAAUUCUGUAGAUAGGAUGUUAACUGUUUUCUAAUAUAAGAUUAUAUUGGAUGUGAACGAUUUGCAUGAGGUGUUGAAUAAAGCAAAGCAUUCAA